CAAACACCUCCCUGCUCUAAAACAGUUUGCACCUGCUGUAAUCUAUCACAUACCACACCAGUAUUCUGAGACUAUGACACAGCCAUCAACUGAGUUUCCACUUGGGCUGCUGUUCAAGAAUGAGAGUGUUACUUCAGAUCUUGUGGAUAUCCUACAGCACAUGCAGAGAGAAUACGUCCCAAGAACACCAACAGGUCUGCAGAGCAUCUUCAUCGGGGGUGACCGCCUGACUGAAGGCAACAGCAGAUCCGUACAAUGGGCCUUUGGGGAAGGCGAGACUCCUGAGGACAGGCUGGAUGGAUUACUCGCCAAAUUUGAAGACUGGCAUGCCUUCAGGAUUCUCUUAGGGGUACACUUCAAGAUCUUCUGCACCGAGAGGUCAGCGCGGGACCAUGGAACUUUAUUCGCAAAUAUGAAUACAGUCAAGUGUAGCAAUGCUAAGAAGGGACCGCACCAUGCCUUCAAUGCGUACAAAGAGUUCGUCCGGAAGGACACGUCUGCCCUCUUCAUUGCGGCGGCGAUGGAGGUCUUUGGAAUGGAAAAUGUGGAAGAUGUACCCAAGGAUUUACCGCAGGACAUCAUGAGCAUGACCAAACAGGAGCAGCGAACUUGGCUCCACGACAAAGUGGCCAAGGUUGUUGACAGGUUUGUCAUCAACGCUGACAUUGCCAACAUUUUCCAGGGUGUAAGUCAGGCAUCACAGCCCCAGCAAAGGGAGGAAAUGAGCUGCCGGGAACCCGGGUGCCAGCGUACCUUUGUUUACCCAAAAUGUCGGCUCAAACAUGAGAGGAAAGAUCAUGGCCUAGACUUUGGGGAGGACACAAGCCACAAGGAAGAGCCCACUGCUAAGCCUCCCUCUUGUGACUACAAAAAAAAUCACACGGAGGCAAGGCUUAGCUUUGGGCUCUUCCUUGAGGACAUGCAAGAUGCCGUCAGAGAGGGGGACGGGGAGCGGCUGAUCCGACUGUAUAGAGUCGCUUUGUUGUACUACAGAGCCUAUGGGCGCACCCAGUAUGCGUAUAGCACCUUGCUUCUGCUGAUUCAUGUUUCGGCAGUGCUGUCACCAGCAAAAGCACAUAGCCUGAAAUGGAACAGGUUUUUCAAUGGUUCCACGCUCACAGUGCCAUCUUCAAACGAGCCUUACGAAUGCAGUCACUUGGACUUGUAG